AGCUCCUUGCGGGAGGGGAAGGGCGUCUGCUGAUGCGCGCGCGCCCAUACCGACGAGAGCCACGGGGUUCUACUCAACCUCCGGAGGGGAGGACCCCGAGAUGCGCACGAGAAGGAAAGGGAUCGCUUGUCGAUGUCGCCUCGUUUUCAGUAGGCAGCAGGUGACAGUGAGCUUUUCUGGCUUAGGUGCCAGGCGCCCGUGAGGCGCGCCGGCUGUUUCGCUUUUGCUGCCCAGAAGCCUCGGGGCUGCGGCUUUAGAAGCGCCCGCCAGGUUGUCGGUGGGCCAAGAGCUUUGCGGGAUUCUCUUAUUGAUGUCCCAUUUACAAGUCACCACCCCCUCCUUACUGAAGGUUGAAGGAGGAAAAGGACUAUCAGCCAUUUGUAACAGAACCAGCUUCCUUUUAAACGAAUUACGCAACGCCCGAGCAUCCUGCAAAGAACCCUGAAGAGGAGGCCCAGGGUUCGGGUGGGGGAGGACCCAGCCCAGACGUACCCAGCCACAUCUGCCUCGCUGCUAACUUUUCCGUGGGCGUCUCUCUUAUUUAUUUCUCCUGUGAAAAAUGAUAAAAAUGUGUGCUUUUGACGUCAUAUUUUAGUUCUCCAAAUACAAACCCACUGAAAAUCAACUUAAGAAAUUUUUACAGACACUCCGUUAACCCAUUUUCUGAUACAUGUAUAUUUUAUUUAUAAUACUUUUUAAACUGUAGAUACUAAAACCAAAUGAAACCCGAAGCCGUGGAGUAGAUUCUUACUGAUACUAGGAGGCAAGUGUGGUUGAGGGGAUAAGGCAAUUUUUUGUUGCAGUCAGAGACUAGAAAGCUGGGAGAGGUAUAUUAAGUGCCAGUUGCUGGCAAGUCAGUUUCGACUCAUAGUAGCCCAAUUAGGAUAGAGUAGAAUUGCCACAUAGAGUAUACAAAGCUGUAAUUACAGAGGCAGAUUUGGUGUUGCUUAUUUGCAUAACAUUCUCUUAUUAGAGUUUGACUUAAAAGACAAUGUCCACCAACAGAAGGGAUAGCUGCAGCUGUUUUUGGUGAGAAUACUUGCUUUCUAAGCAAGAAUUAGACAUCUGGACAAGAAGAAUAUAACUGAAAAUGGACAUAAAUGGAAUGAACUCAAAAUGGCCUUUAUAAUGCAGUCUUAUUAUUCACAAUUAAAUAAAAUACAUAUAUAAUUCUAUGUUGUAACCAAAAUAUCUGGAGCUAAAAGCCUGCUGAUUUCAUUUGACAUACCAGGUAGUCAAUGUAAGCCCAAAAUUUAUUCAUAACUUUGCAGGUACCCAAUCUCUUCUUUUAAUAGAUUAUUCUGUUGUAAUGGGCUUCUGGGAACCAGCAGGUAUUAACCAGUCUCAGGUAAGAUGAAUUUGUAAACUAGAAUGCCACAUAUGUAUAUGUGUGCAUGUGUAUGUGUGUCUAUAAAGAGAAAUUUCUGGUAGGACAAUUUCUGGCAGAUAAUUUCCUACCGAAAGUUAAAUUCAUUCAGGGCACCAAAUUAGAACGGAAGGUUACAUAGUUAGCAUGUAACUAUUACAAAGUGAAUUAAAGAUUAUUAAGAGAGAUUUUCUUCCAUCUGAUGCAAAUGGAUGGAUUAAAUGCAAUUUUUUUCAUUACAUCUAUAAUUAAAAACUAAUAAUGAUUCAGACAAUUGCUAACUUGUUAAUUUUUUCUUUUUCUAGCAUUCGUAUAAUCUACCACCAUGUUACGGUACCAUUGGAUGGAUUAUAGCUUUCUAUUGCAUUAAUUAUAUUCCAGUCCAGUUUUUGAUCAGUCAUCUAGAUUACUAGAUUUAGGAAAUACUUUGACCUGAACUGCAAUUUUCAUUUUUUAAGAACAUUAAAAAUAAAAAAGUUUUUUACUAGUAAAUGUAUUUCCAUUGUACCUUCCAAAAGAGCUCCAUGUUUUACAAAUGUAGUGUGUUUAAAUGAAUAACUAUAACACAUGCAGUGAUGACUAAAAAUCAAAAAUUGGCUAAAUAAGGGAAAAUUAUUUGUAAAUUUAUCAGGAUCCUACUUGUAAUUCUUGGAUAAGGGAAUAUCAGUAAGAUCUCAUUGCUUUCUUGUGAACAACUUUCAUGAAAACGUGACUGAAGUGAACCCCUGCUAAGAAAGUAGCCAUAUAUUCAGCAUAUUUAAGAUAGCUCUCUUUAUUUACGUCUCUACAUAAACAGAGAUCUAUAGAGAUGAUAACAGAAGUACCAACAUGGAUUAUGAUUCUAGUGUGUUCAUCUUUUGCUACGGGCCCUAGACAGUAUGAUGGGACAUUCUAUGAAUUUCGUACUUAUUACCUUAAACCCUCAAAGAUGAGUGAGUUCCUGGAAAAUAUUAAGAAAAACAUUCAUCUUCGGACAGCUCACUCUGAACUGAUUGGAUUCUGGAGUGUAGAAUUUGGAGGCAGAGUGAAUAAAGUGUUUCAUAUUUGGAAGUAUGAUAAUUUUGCUCAUCGAACUGAAGUUCGGAAAGCCUUGGCCAAAAAUAAGGAAUGGCAAGAACAAUUCCUCAUCCCUAAUUUGCCUCUUAUAGAUAAGCAAGAGUGGGAGAUUUCUUACCUGGUACCAUGGUGCAAAAUAGAAAAGCCACCAAAAGAAGGAGUCUAUGAACUGGUUAGUUUUCAGAUGAAACCUGGUGGACCAGCUCUGUGGGGUGAUGCAUUUCAAAGGGCAGUUAAUUCCCAUGUCAAUCUAAACUACGCUAAACUGGUUGGAGUUUUCCACACAGAAUAUGGAGUACUCAACAGAGUUCAUGUUCUUUGGUGGCAUGAGAGUCCAGAUAGUCGUGCAGCUGGGAGACAUCAGUCUCAUGAGGACCCCCGAGUUGUGGCAGCUGUCCGGGAAAGUGCCAACCACCUAGUAUCACAGCAGAAUAUGCUUCUGAUUCCUACAUCUUUCUCACCGUUGAAAUAGUCUGCUACGAGAUGAGACAUUUCAUUAACUGCUGUAAGAUAUAUCUGCUAGUGAUGCUUAAUUUUUCCCCAGAGAGUCUCACGUUUAUUUGAAGGAGGUGGUAAGUUAAUUAGCUAUGUCCCUUGCAUUAUUGAAAGCUACCUCUGUCCUUUGUCGUUACCACUUCAGAAAAUAGGUCUGUUCAUUUCCCCUGUGGCAUUUCACUGUCUGUUAUACAUUAGAAAUAGCUGCCACUGCUUCCUGAUCUUGAUUUUUCCUUUAUUUUCAAAUAUCGCUGCUUCUGUAUUUUCACAACCUUUUUGGUACAGCAUUUUCUUGUAUUAAAAUGAUGUUAUAUUUUCAUGCCGCUGACAUGAUUUUUAAAUUAUUUAUAUACAGUAUCUACCUUUUUCAGGGUAUCUGUUUUUCUGAGAUUUUUUAAUUGUGUCCAGUAAAGUUUAUUUUAUAGUAUCAAAUGGGAUUCAUAAGAGUAUUAGAUCAAAUAUAUUUCUUUACAUUGGAAAAGCAUAAUUUGUGUAGUCUGUAUUAUGGUUUUCACAUUAUUAAUUACUCUAACUUAGAAAAGAAUGUAAUUAGGUCUUGGUAUUAAAAAAUUUUUCAAGGCUUGUUGAUUUAUAUGCUGAAAUGUGUUAAUUUAUAAUUAAUUUUACUAAUUUUUACUUUGUUUUGAAUUACUAUUUAGCAGAGAUACUUGGGACAUCUAUUUGUUUUAAAGAGAUCUUUUAUGGUUAUGGACAUACUUACCCUAAUAAAAGCCUACAUAUCCAUUCUAAUUCUUUUUAUUUUCAUUUUAUAUUUUUAUCCUCUUUUCUGGAGCUAUUGCUGUGUUGCUAUAGGGUAGUGACACAGUAAUAAUUUACCACCUUUAUUGUAAAUGGUAAGUUACAUCAAGAAAAUAGCAUGCUAGCAACCCCAGAAGGAGAAUUUCUUCAGCACUGUCACAGGUGUGCUAGGGUUUUCCUUGAAACACCUGUAAUUUCUAUUUUAGUUGAGUGCCUCUGCCUUCUAACUUUAGUUUUGGUAUUUCCAAGCUCUCCUGCUAGUCUAUACUUACAGCUAUGUUAUUUUACAUUUCUAAAACAUACUGCAAAUUUAAAAUAGUAAAUUAUGAAUUAGCUAUCUAAAGAAAUUUUGAAAAACAGAAAGUAUAUCACCUUUUCUUUAUCUGGACCUCUGGGAUCUCUGAUUUAUCUGGACCAUUAUGUAAUGUGAGACAGUCAGUAUACCCUGCCUUCUCUCCUGUUACUAUGGAUGAACCUUACAUGUUCCAAGCAAAGACAGGACUCUAUUUUUACACUUACUUGCUCAAGGAUGUGUCUGCAGUAGUUCUUCCCUCUGUUUCUUGAAACCAGUUUUUCCCUCUCUAUAGGAUCCUUCUUGCCAACAGACAAAUGUGCUGUUUUUCCCAUCUUAAAAAAUACACACUUCUCUCUCCAGCUACUGCCCCAUUUUUCUUUUCCUUUAUAACUAAAAAGUGUAAUCCAUACUUCCUGCUUCCAGUUUCUCUCAGUUCUCUCAUAAACUUAAUCACCACAUUAGCCAAAUUGCCCUUGUCAAUCUCAUUUCUCAGUCAUUUUACAAUUGACAUCUUCUUUCUUUUGGAAAUACUUUCUCAUUUGUCCUCCAGGACUCCACACAAAGCCUUCUUUUCUCAUUAGCUGUUACAUCUUCGUCUCCUCUUUCUUGACCACCUAUGUUAGAGUACCCAGGGCUGAUUAAAUGAAGUGCCUGACAACACAGGAAACACUUGGAAAAGACAGCUAAUUUAAAUCAUCUGCCUUUUCAUUUUUCAGUGGUUUUCUUUUCUCUCUCCCUCGAUGGUCGUUUUCGCACACACAGUUUUCUGUCAUUUCAUUAAAGUUUCUGUAAUUUGAAGUUCAAGUUGGGAGGAUGAAGUUAUGAUCCUGAUGCUGAGCAGUCAUCCAGGCUCGUUUGCAAGCCAAGGUGCUACUGCACACAAGUUCAAAUUCAUGCCUCAGCAAAAGGACUGCUCACUACACGUCACGGCCGUUCAGAAGAGGUCACAAGGAGAGCCAGGACUCUAUUGUUGUGUCUUAAAGGGCUAUCACUACAGGGGUUCUUCACGUACUGAGAAAAGCAGACAUUCUUUUCUGAAACUUUGAUUCAUAAUUAGCUGUGGAAAAUCCAUGUCUCAUCAUGGCACUAUAUAAUGUUGUGUAUACACUGUACAGCACUUUUUACAGGAGAAAAGGCACUUCUGAUAUUAGUCUCAGUAUCUUUUUUAUUUUUCUGCAUCCUCACCCUUGCCAACCACCCCCGGCACCUUGCCAGUGUACUUGGCACACUGUGUCCUUAUAUUUUUGGUUGAAUAAACAAAAGAACGCUGAAGGCUGCCUUUGUAGCCUUCUCAAUACCAAGUUGAGUUUUUGUUAAUUAAAUAAGCUUAGCUACAGAGUAUUUUCAAAGAUCUCUGUAGCUGCAGAAUCAUCAAAGUGUUCAUCUAAAAACCACUUAAAUUUGCUUGAUAAGAGUUACUUAAUAUAGUAACUGAAUCAUGAAGGUGCAAAACACCCCUUGUUUUUAUUUUCAAGUAAUCUCAGUUCUCUUGUGAUUAACAGGACAUUGAAGCCUUUUCUGAAAUUUUUACUGCUGAUCCAAAUAGCUUUCCCUCUACCAGCAGACAUUUCUUACUAUUGUAAGUUUUAUAACAUUUUAACAGUAGGUGGUGCCACGAAUGUACGAAAGUAAAUUUGUAUAGACCAACAGAACUGACACAGCUUUAUUUCGUGACUCAUUUACAACAUAGAAAUAUCUUUUUAACACUUCAUAUAAAGUUAUUGACAAUACAAAUAUUUUUUUCUUUUAAUGAAAAUGAUUUAACUUAGAAAUCUAUUGUGAAACUUCUGUCUAGUUUUGCAAUUUUUAGAUAUUCCAGUGCAAAAAUAGAUCCCAUUACAGACAGCAUAAAGUGCUUGGAAUGAAGGACCAAUGAUAAAGGAAAAGCACAAAACAUAGCUUCAUCCUAGAGUUUAAGAAGGGAGAAUAGCAUACUUAAUCCUUAAUGAAAUAUAAACAUUCUAUAAAAAGGGAUGCAACAAUUUGAAAAAAAAAUUAGAGCAUAUCACUAUAGUACUGGAUUACUAGUAAAUGGAGCCUUGAUGGAGCAAUGGUUAAGCACUUGGCGGCUAACUGAAAGGUCAGCGGUUCGAACCCACCAGUGGCUCCAUGGGAGAGAAGACCUGGUGAUCUGCUCCCAUAAAGAUUACAGUCUAAGUAACCCUUUGGGGCAGUUCCACUGUGUCA